CAAGCAUCUAUUUAUUAAUUUAUUUAUUUAUUAAUUUAUUUAUUUAUUUAUAUAUUUGUUUCAAGUUGUUAAUUUAAAUAACUUUUUUCUAAUAAUAAUAUUACUUUCUUUUAAUAUAAUUUUAUUUUUAUAAUAAAUAUCAAUUUUUUUUUUUUUUAAUAAUAUAUUUUAACAAUUUUCAUAUAUAAUAUAUAACAUUUCAAAAUGAAAAGAGGUGUAGCAUUUUUAGCAUUAUUUUUCUCCCUUAUUGUACUUGGUUGUUGUGUAGUUAGUAUUGCAAUGCCUUGGUAUCGUGUUAAAGAAACCAGUAAACUCGAUUCAGAUAAAUAUCAAACAACUUUAUACUAUUGGGACGAAUUUAGAGUAACCGAUGAAGAAUUAAAUAGUACAAAUAUUAUUUAUAAAGAUGGUGAUAAAUAUGAUGAUAAAGGAUUUGAUACUGUUAAAAAGGUAUUCAUUGUUUCCCUUGCAUUCACUUGUCUUGCUACUUUAUUAACCGCCAUUGCAAUUAUUUUGGUAUUCAUUGCAUUCGUUUCAAAAUCAAGAAUCUUUGGUAUUAUUGCAGGUAUUUUCAUGUUCCUUACAUUUGCUCUUUUAUUAGUCUCAUUCUUCCAAUUUAUGCGUAUCAACGGUGCUUUAAAUGACGAUGACGACUUUUGUGGAACUAAAGGUAAAAUAGAAGGUUACGAUAUUGACGAAACAUACUGCCACAAAUUCCUUUCUAGUGCUGAAGGUACCCUUACCAAACUUAACUAUGGUCCAUAUGUUGGUUGGUGGAUUACUCUUGGUGGUAUCUUCUUUUCAAUGUUUGCAUUUGGUCCAUUAUUCUCUGCCUCAAGAAAAUAAAACUAUAAUAACCAAUGUUUUUUAUAUAAUAACAACUACUAAGCAAAGUAAAACAAAACAAAACUAAAUUUAUUUAUUUCCUCCAAACAAUUAAAUAAAGUUUAAAUCGAUUCCACUUAUUAUUUAUUUUAGU